AUGGACAAAAACUGUCAUUCGGAAAUUACUUAUGGCGUGUUGAACAAAGAAAUGACGACGAAGUUACUCGCUAGAUGUCGUCAGGAGGGAGUAACGGUGACGCCAGCUGUGAUCAGCGCUGUGUUAUCGGCUACAGCUAGUUUGGUACCAGUCAAAGAUGGUCAAGAUACGAUCAUGAAUAUUGCGCUGAGUGCCGACGCUCGACGACGUUACGUAUCACCAGUUCCUAAUCACGAUAUGGCUUACCACGCUUCUGGUAUUGCACCAUUUGGUCUGCAUGUGAGCGCUGCCCCCAAGACGCCCAAAGAUUUGUGGCAGUUAGCACGAAUCUAUGCUCAACAUAUGAAUGCGUGCGUCAACGCAGGUCAAAUACUCGCGAGUCCUUUGAUCGCAGGGAAGGCCUUAGGAAAGUUGAUGGGGCCUGUCAAGAUGGCUUAUAUACCAACAUAUUUCAUGUCCAGUUGGGGCGUGCUGCCAUUCGUUGAACAGUAUGGCCCGUGGCAGCUCACCGCCAUGACUCCGUGCUUUAAUGCUCGUCGAUGGCCAGCACCUAGCACUAUGGUCCAGACGGUGAAUGGUGUUUUGACGAUGACGUUCAUCGGUGCCUGUCCUGUCAUACCUGUGAGUGUCUUAAUCGCUUUGCGCGAUCGAUGCAUGGACGAAUUACAACAAAUGAUAGUCAAUUAG